GCAAAUUGUACUGUAUGAUCGGUUGUUUUAGUUAAUUGCUGAAUUCUAUGGAAUUUUGAAAAACUAGUAAAGUUUGAUGUCGAUUAAGUUUUCUUAAGUCAUUAUUAAUAUACUAUUGCAUACUCACUGUACUGAGCUGUUUGUUAUAUACCGAAAUAUUUCGAUCGCCGUCGGUUGUUUACGUUCAUUUUUAUAUACAAUCAAAGAUCGUGCUAAUUGUAGUCACACGUACUUCUUCAUUCUUUUAUUCUACUACAAAAACGAAAUGAGUGACUCUGCAGCUGUAUCCGAACCAUGCAUAGAAACAAAAGAGUUGUCUUCACAUGAUUUGGAAAAGCUUGAAGAAGAAAAAUUGAAAGCUAAGUUUCCAGCUGGUUUAGGAGGUCUCGGACGUGGUGGCCCAGGUGGACACAGUGCUUUUCUACAAAAAAGAUUAGCUAAAGGGCAGCAGAAAUUUUUUGAUUCUGGAGAUUAUCAAAUGGCAAAACAGAAAAUGGGGCAAGCAGGAAAGCAAGCUCUGGCUAAUAAGGUGAUUCCAACAGGUGAUGCAAUUCCUACUCCUGAAACCGUACCUGUUCGCAAGACAUCUAUUAUACAGCAAAAAUUUAAUAUAAGUCAAUCAUAAUAAAAGUAAAUUGUUGACAAAUUUACUUUUGUUGUUUAUUGUAUUUUUAACAUAAGGAUUAGUUUGAAUGUAAGAAUGUAAUACGCUGUUAAUAAUAUUUUAAAGUGUAAAAAUAUAAAACCUA